AUUUAAAUAUUAAAAUAUUUCUUUUAUUGUUAUAGGUAUCUUAACAAGAAGAAAAGUAUAAUUGGAUGAAUAUGAUUUUCAUAAAACAAUUCUGCAAAAUGAUUUCUUUGUAAUAUAAUUAUACAUUCUUAUAUACACAUGUAUGUGUAUAUAUAUCUAUAUUUUUUUCAUAAAUACGUUCUUCUUUAUAUAGCAUAAAUAUAGUGCUUAUAUAGUAAUAAAAAUAAUAAUGAUGACUAAACUAUUAAAUGCGCAAACAAAUAAUGACAAUGAUAGCGAUAUGAGUCCAAAAGCAAAACAUAGUUUAUUUAUGAAUAUAACACCACCGAAAGGAAAGUUUUUCAUACAACAAUUUAAAUAUCCCAGAGUAUCAAGUAUAUCAAUUCUGCGGAAAAACAGAUUUUUAUUUAAACGUCCAAUAAGAAUGAAUAGAUCAUUAAGCUCCGAUAGCAUCAAUUCAGAUAGCUGGCAAAAAUCGCCGAACUCAACUUUGAAUCAUGAUUCUGUUGAUAUGCAGAAGUCAUGUCGAUCAUUAUCCAGAUCAGCAAAAAUAAUGAAAGCACUACAUUCUCCUUAUAAUACUUUUCGUAGAAAUACAAAUAUAAGGAAAUCAUUAACAUUUGAUUCAAGUCCAAAGGAAAGCAGUUAUGAUGACAGUUCUAUCAGUUCGAGCGUUGAUACAUCAUCCAUAAUAAAUAUUAGUUCGACCGAGUCUAUUGCCAAUAGCGAUCUGGUUGCAUCUACAGAAUCUAUUGAUGAAAAUCAGAAUCAAACACCUCAACAAGAUCGAAAAUUUUCCAGAAUAUCUAAUAAGAAUGAUGCAGAAAGAAAUAUUUAUAAGCCAAGAACAUCUCAUUUAAUGUCAUUGCUUCAGGAAAAAACUGACAAUACAAGUUUGCAACAAACAUCUGAUUUAAAUUCCUUAAUUUCAUCAUUUGAGCAUGAUAAUAAUGAAUCACAUGGAUCCGGCCUGGAUAUUAUCAGUACAAGUACACCCAAGAAUGCUGAACAAAGUUACAUGAAGGAUUGCGAUGAAGAACAAUCAUCUACUUCGCAGAUAGAUAUUUCUAUAGAAAAUGAUAAUUCACAUCUAGAAAGAACGAUGGAAUCUUCAAAAGUAAAUAUGUUUUCUAAUGCUAGUUGCACUAUGGCUUCUAAAGAUGUAUCUUGGAAGAAAAACAGGAAUAUUAAAAGAAUGCUUAUUUAUGAUUUGGAUGACAAAUGUUCUGAUGCUAAAUUAGAUCACGGUGUACAGCAGACAAUCGCAUCACAAGAAAAUAAUUUAUCAGAAAAUGGAUUGGAUCAAAUAGAAAAUGAUAAACAGAGUAUUGAUUUCAGCGAUUUUCACGAACAUGAAGAAAGUAUACAAAAUGAAGAAAGAGAAGAAAAAGAUUGUUCCGAAGAAAAUGCUUGUAACGAAGAAGUAAAGCAGUUAUCUUUACAAAAAGAAUCGUCAAAUAUUUGUAAUGUCAGUAUGACGUCUGAAAAUAGAAUAGAAUCCCCAGAAGCUAAUCCAAUUAUUUCUCAGAAUACUAACAAAGUAAGUACACCUGAAAACAAUAUAAAUAUGUUACAACAUAUAUCUACAGAGUCGAUUAAGAAAUCGCAUAAGAAAGUGAAACAUGGAAAUAGAAAAGCAUUAUUUAAAAUGGAUCUCCUUCAUAAAAUAGGAUCAACAAAAACUGAAACAUCAGUUGAGGAUACUUGUAGUAACAAUCAACACAAAAGUCAGGCAGAUAUUUGUGUUAGCUUACAGAAUUCCAAUCGACCAUGCACACCCGAAAAUGUAAAUUCAAGUAGACUCUUACUGCUUCAUUAUAACUCAGUUAAAAAGUCACAUAAGAAAGACAAACGUAACAAGAAAGAUUCCGAUCUCGCUAAACGUCAUAAUUAUGAAUAUCACAAGAGAAAUGAUGAUUCAUUAAAAAGUAUGUACGAAGAAGAAAACAUUAAUAAAAUGUUACAUUUGAAUGAACUUCUUGGAGUAGGAGAUUCUCCUGAUGUAUUGCCUAGAAAGAAGAAACGAUCAGUAAGCAUAUCCUCACAAGAUGAUAUGUUCGAAUUGCCAAGUUCUUCUAAUUCUUUGAGAUGUGAAAAUACAGAUAAUAAAUUUAAGAUUUACACUCCUAUCAAAAAGUCAUCAAUUCUGCUUACGAGUCAUAUGUCUGCAGAUGAGAUGUCAUAUAAGAAUGAUGAAUCUGCACAAGAAACAUCAAAAGAAGUCGAUUAUUCCAGAUGCAUGACACCGAUCACACGUUUCAGAAAACCGAGUAAAAGCGAAGAUCUUACCCCUAGGGAAUGUGAUAGCAUUAAAACAUUUGAGACUGAUGAGAGCAUUUCGAAUGCCAAUCUGAAAGAUGAGAAUGGUAGAUCAACUCCGAUAAAUAUGUCGACAAUUGAGUUACUUCGUAAUAAAGAUUCAAUUAAAAAAUCACAUAAAAAAGAUAAACACAACCGUAAUAAAUUGAUUUUAAAGAAAAAACGAUCGUAUACCACAAGGAAUGAGCAAAUUGAUUUAUUAAAUGAUGUAAAAAUGUUGGAAGACCAUACAACUUUAUAUUCAACACAUCAUGGUGACAAUCAUUGUACCGAAAGGGAAAUGUGCAGUAAUAUGCAUGAAGAGGAAAAGGAUGAAAGCUAUAAGAAGACUGCUUAUGAUGAUCCUCAACCAUCUACGAGUCGAGGUAGAGAUAUUGAAGGUGCAAACGAUACCGCGAAAUCAACACUUUUAAGUGCAACCCCUCCAAAUAGUUUGACUGCAAUAAAUUCGAUCAAAGUGAUGCAGACAACUUCUAUUAAAAAAUCUCAUAAAAAGGAACGCGAUAUCAACGCACAUACCAAGUUAAUUUUAAUGAGCCAAGAAUGCGAAUUGUCUAAUGAUGGAUCGAUAUUCGAUGAAGAAGAUAGAUUAAAUUACACUGACGAAAUAACUAAUAUAAUAGAAUAGAUAAAUUAGGAGCAGUUCUAUUAGACAAUAUUAUCAGUAAGAAAACUGAAGACAUUACGCAGAUUGCCUUAAUGGACAGAUAAAAAUUUUAAUAAGGGUUUUUUUUUCUGGCAAAUUUUCAAAUUGAUUUUUGAUAAAUUUUUUUAAGUAUCAAUGUUAGAUGCUAUCGAUAGGCAAUUCCAAAAUAAACUUUAGGAUUAUCUUUCUGCAGUUUAGUUCAUAGAAAGCUUUUGUUUUUGUAACGCAAAGAUUAUUGAAAUCUUAUUGGAGUAUUUGUUUGAGAUAUGGAGAUGUUAAUUAAAACAAAAAAUAUUACUGUUAAUAAAUUGAUUAUAAUCGUGAUCAUGUCUCUUGUAUACUCUAUAGAUUUGAAAAAAUGAUAAACAAGACACAAACAAUUGUAAGAAAUAAUUAUUUGCUAAUAUAUAUUAUUUCAAAAUUCUGUUCUAGAAUUUUAUUCCAGAAUAUAUUCAGUUGUAUUAGUCAAAUAAUGAACGAAGACCAAAUGUGACAAGGCCAUCUGAUAAUAAAAAUGAUGAAUUUUUGUGUCUUGAAUAAACAAUUCGAGUUAAAUUAAAAUAGCGUCUAAUACGAUUAUAGCAAAAAUUAUCUGUUAAUUUUAAGAUAAUAAUUUAAGACAAUAGUAUCUUUCAAAUAUAUAUUUGAACUUGUGUAAAUUCUUGACGACUGAUGAACUAACAGUAUUUGAAAUAUAAAGCGCUACUUUCUUUAUCCAGCGAUGUCUUUUCAAUGUUAAACGUGGAUUUAAUAUUCCCUAGGUUCUAUUAAUUUUUAUUAUAUUAUUUUUGGGACUAUUUUUACGUAUGUAAAUCUAUUACGUCACGAUAAUAUUAGCUUCUGUAGAUUUUAUAUCAUACUUUUGUUACGUUUUCGUAUAUAAUUUAUAUAAGAUAGAAAAUAUGUAAACAACCUAGGAAAAAUUGCAAUAAGGGAAAAAUUAAACAGUGCUUGCUCAUAUUAAAUGUUAUACAUACAUUUAUCAUUGAUUUGGCAUUCAAUAUUAUAAACCUAGAAUAUAAGUUUGUAUACACAUGCAUAUUAAAAA